AUGGAAAAUUUGGGCGAUCAAAAGAAUCGGCCAUGCGACGAUCAACUACUUGCUCACUGUCCCUGCACCUGUUUACUGGCUUCCACUGUAAUCAGAUUGUUUCGGAGGACGACGGGUUAUGUGAUAUGGCCUCCUGAGCCAGGACCGUUGAGGGAAGAACAGGCUGAGAAGUUGAUAUGGAUCAUUCGACAAUUCACAGAGAGAAACUGGAAAGAAAUAGUGGAGUGUUUCAAGGUUCAAGCAGAUCAAAUCAUGAGUGGUCCCUUUCCAAAAGAGGAGGAUAAAUAUAUAGUUGAAUUGGUCAACACUUAUGGUCGGAAGUGGUGGUCCGGUAUGGCAGUAACAAUUCCUGGAUGCACCGGAAAACAAUGUCGAGAGGGGUGGCUUAGUCAUCGUUGUUCCAACAAUAAUGAAGAAUUGGUGGAGGAUGAGGAACGAGCUUUGCUCUGCACUCAUCAAGUUUAUAGAAACAUAUGGUUAGAGUUGACUAAUUUCGUGCCCCAUAGAACUGAGAAUACAGUCAAGAAGCAAUCGAGCAAGAAGAGACCUGGUGCGCCCUCAGCUUCAGGACUAGAUUUGCAGUUCCGUGCCCUGUCUCUUGUUGGCCGUCCUAAUCCCCCAGAUGUGUCUAUCUCAUCUACAGGAACCCCAAAACUCAGGAAGAUCGUCAAAUUUAAAACUGGAAAUAGGGAAAAUGCACGUCCCAAACUAGACCCAAUCAGCACCAUCGAAAGGAGAGAAGCAACUGUCUUUUUGGAUGAGGGUUAUGAGCCUGUAGGAAUGCCUAAAUUUCAACCAGCAAACAAAAGGUCCAAGACAACUAAUAAGUUGCUGUGUAGUCUGCACAUCAGCAGUCAGUGCAGCCUUCAGUCUAACAAAACUUGGAAACUUAUUGUGGCAAACAAAAGCCGCAAGUUGUCGACUGGACUCGAGAUAAAGGGGCCGGUUAAGAAGCAUUCAGAAGAUUUUGUAGAGAUGCCUUUUCCUUUAAAUGUUGGGUAUGAGGUUCAUGAUGAAUAUGUACCUGAGGACGAAUAUGGAAUAGAAAUGGAGAUGGACGACAAAGAGAGUCGAAAUGAAGAGUCUGCAGAAAAAGAAGAUGAGGUUGUAGAAAGGCAUGUUCUGUUAGGCGUGUGCGGAGGUGUAUCAGCUGGCAAGGUCAUGGAUAUCUGCAACAGUCUGCGUGCUCUAAAAAACAAUAAGGUUUGUAUUAAGGUGGUGCUAACUGAAUCUGCCUUGCGCUUUAUCGAUCGGACCAAGCUGGCGAUGCAGCUUCAAAUAUACACAGAUGAGGAGUUCUGGAAGUUUCUUAAUCUGCAUGGCCCUAAUCCCUUAUACACAACACUCGUAAAGGAGGCAGAUGUUCUUGUUAUUGCCCCCUUAUCUGCAAAUACACUGUCCAAGGCAGCCAUUGGAAUGUGUGACAAUCUACUGACAUGUAUCAUGAGGGCUUGGCCUUGGGUCGGUGUGAACUCCAAAACAGUGAUCCUCUUUCCAGAAGUUCAACCGAUAAUGUGGAUUCAUCCAACCACACAAGAACAUGUGGCGACAUUGCUGAGUUGGGGAGCAAAGUUCGGUCACCCGGCAACUAAUAAUGUGAUGGCUCCACCAGAGGACAUUGCUGGUGAUGUAGCAGCAUUCAUGAAUUGGAGCGAGGGAUGA